UAAACAAGAGUUUUUUUCCGUACGUUGCUGCUGUAGUGUUGUCAGAAGUCGAAGCUCUGAAAGUUUGAGUGUAUUAAUUGGUUUGAGUAGCUUUAACUUGUAGUUUGUACGUUCAACAUACGUUUUUUUUUUGCCGUUAAGCACUAUUUAGUCCAUUUGCUUUUAAAAAUCAAAACUAUGUCGGACGCUUUGUCUGAUGACGGCAGCGACAUCAACCAAGAUAGCCAGGAGGAUGUUAUGACCCCAGCGGAACUUAUCGCCAAACUGGAAGAAGCCUGGCUGAAUGAGAAGUUCUCCCCGGAGCUGCUGGAGAACAAAUCAGAGGUGGUGGAGUGUGUGAUGGAGCAGCUGACUCAUAUGGAAUCCAACUUGCAACGAGUGAAGAAAGGCGACGCGAAGGCCAGCGUCCAUCGUAUGGAAAUAGAAAGGAUCCGCUUCGUCCUCAGCAGCUAUCUUCGUUCUCGUCUGCAGAAGAUUGAGAAGUUUUUCCCUCAUAUCCUGGAAAAAGAAAAGUCUCGAGUUGAAGGAGAGCCAUCUGUACUUUCUCCUGAAGAGUUUGCCUUUGCUAAAGAGUACUGCGCCAACACAGAAACCUACCUGAAGGCUGUAGCUCUGAAGCGCAUGCCCCCCAACUUACAGUCUGUGGACAUGCUCAGAGCAGUGCCUGAGCCCUGCUUGGACUCCUUUGUGUUUCUGCGGGUGAAGGAGAGGCAGGAAAACAUCUUGGUUGAGCCUGAAACAGAUGAUCAGAGAGAGUAUGUUGUGGAUCUUGAAGAGGGGUCUCAGCACUUGAUGCGGUAUCGCACCAUUGCACCACUUGUUUCAAGUGGAGCUGUGCAAUUAAUUUGAACAAUCUGAGAACCUUCACAAAGAAAGAUCCAUUUUCCGUCAGAGAACACUCCAGGAAGACACACUCUUCUUAUUCACUGUCGUCUGGGAUAAGGACUAACUUCUCUGAUGCAAACAGUUAUUUUACAGACUGUGGCUUCAAGACUUGGUGUGUUUCAAUCCUAGUUUAUAUUAAGUGAAAAGUGACAGCCGAACCAUGUUCGGCUUUUGCUGGGGUUUUGUUCGGUGGGGAUACACCCAUCAUUUUGGAGAUGUUGUUUGUAAGACGAAAAUAUUAUCAGCUAAAUUUAUCACUAUAUCAAAACCACACAUCAUCUGAUCUUAUCUUUGCUGCUCACUAACGGGAUGCAUCUGAUGACCUCUAGAUGAAAUUUAAUCAGUGUACUUGGUAUCAUGACUCUUGCCAUCCCAAAGCGUGGGUGCUCAUGCGCAUGUAUGUGUGAAUGUCAACUGAUUUAAAGCUUUGAGUAACAGUCACUCUUGCAUAUGUGUUUUAAUGUUUAAUCAUAUUAAUUCUGCAAGUCUUGACAUUGGUCAUGCACCCUUCAAAUUUAUAGCUGUAUGUCAUACCCUUUUCAACUUUACCCUUUAUGGGAUGAACAUUGUCUUUGAGCUAUAAUUAUCGUGAUAGCCUUGUUAUGUAAGAGUUUCAGAGGAAGCAAUCAGUGCUUAUCAUUUGCCUGCAUGCAGAUUGCUCAGCAUUUGGAACUAAUAAGGGACCGAGAGAAAGUUGGCUCGUCAAAACUAAGAUGCGUGUCAUCCCGCUGUCGUCUUGAUUUGCACUACUGAUCCAGCUCAUAUGAAUCCUGUCACUCAGUGUUGUUGGUUAAAACACCACAUUAAAGUGUUUAAAAUUGAAAGCGUGUUUCUUGCGAUGUUGACAUUGUUUUACAAGAACUUGAGAAAAAUAAAGCCUUAGAAAAAUUGACAAACUGAGUUUCCUUUUUUAUUAAAUGCUACUCCAAACAUAAUUUGAGCUAAAACAUUUUUUUAUAUCUCAACAUUGUAUCAAAAACCCUUAUGAAUGUUUAACUUUUUGAGGUCAUUUGAAGACAGAAAAGAAUCACAUUUGAUGUCUAAAUUCAUUAAAUCUGUGUCAACUAUGUAGGAUGGAUUCUAUGUAACUCAACAUAUGGAUGUAUUUGGACAGAUUUCAUAAAUCUUUCUUGGUGAAAUGACACUGUGACUGAUUUGUAAUCCGGCCAUCCCGUGCGUCACACA